AGGAGAUCCUUCCGCUCAGGCCCCCUUUCCGGAAGCCGGUAUUCCAAGAUCUGUUUUCAGUCUGACAGAGGCACUGGCUUUCAAGACUUUAGAGAUGCGGGGCAGCAUGCAUGGAGAUCUUUAGCGCUGGGAACAUCCUAUUCCGUUAACCCGGGCCGUGACGGCAUAUUCACCGACAAGAUCAAAAUGCACGAGUGUUGACUUGUCAAGCUUACCGUCAAGGUUUUCCCGCCUUCAUGCAUCAUGCAUGAUGGCUCGCUGGAAAUACAAAAGAGGAUUGCAUGGAUAGCGGGGUACCUCAGGAGAAUUGUCAGCUGCCGAACUAUAUCCGGUCCGCGGCUGCUAGAUUGAAAGAUCAAUCAUGGGUGGUGUUAUUGCUGUUAGCGGUCGGGACACGUCAUUUGCGCAUCUCAUUGAUGAGAGAAAGAAAUGGUACAACAACAGGCGACUCAUCACUCUCAACGCCUGGAUUAUGCUCCUUCUCAUCACUUCCUCGACGAAUGGGUACGACGGCAGUAUGAUGAAUGGACUGCAGUCCCUUUCUCAGUGGGAGGUCGCCUUUAACAAUCCAUCUGGCGGUAAACUGGGUCUUUUGAACGCCAUUCAGAAUAUUGGUUCCCUAGCUGGCUAUCCGUUUGCCCCUUACAUGUCGGACGGCAUAGGACGCCGUAAGACAGUGUUCUUUGGUGCAACGAUUAUGUGCGUCGCUACUGCCAUACAGACUGCCUCUCAGUCCGUGGGCAUGUUCAUUGGUGCUCGAUUCCUUAUCGGUUUUGGUCUCACUUUUGCUGCCAAUGCCGCACCAAUGCUGGUCACCGAGAUUUCGUAUCCCACGUACCGCGCUCCCCUGACAUCGCUCUACAACUCCCUUUGGUACUCUGGUUCUAUCAUUGCUGCCUGGACGACUUAUGGCACCUUUAAGAUCAACAGCACGUGGGCAUGGCGUCUGCCUUCUCUCCUUCAGGGUCUUCCAUCCAUCCUGCAGUUCGCUCUUAUCCUGUUUGCACCUGAGUCACCCCGUUGGUUGAUCAGAAAUGGUCGUGAGACAGAGGCUCUCAAGACCCUCGCCUAUUACCAUGCUGAUGGUAAUGAGCAAGAUCCUUUGGUUUUAUACGAGUUCGAGGAGAUCAAGGCCGCCAUUGAGUAUGACCGCACUGUUGCCUCCAAUGUCGGAUGGAAGUCACUUGUUACCACCCCUGGUAACAGGAAGCGUAUGCGCAUUAUCGUCGCUCUUGCCUUCUUCUCCCAGUGGUCUGGGAACGGUCUUGUUUCGUACUAUCUCUCAAAGGUUUUCAACCAGAUCGGUAUCACCGGCUCAGGCACUCAGUUGCUUAUCAACGGUAUUUUGCAAAUAUGGAACUUAGGAUGGGCCGUCUUCGCUUCUUUCAUGGUCAAUAGACUCGGUCGUCGGUUCUUGUUCUUGCUCUCAGCAUCUCUGAUGACACUCUUUUACAUGGCGCAAGCUAUCUGCUUCGCCGAGUACUCUGAGCACGGUCACGCCGCCGCCGGGCACUCUGUCAUCGCCUUUAUCUUCCUCUUCUAUGCAGCAUACGACAUAGCGUUCACACCUCUCAUUGUCUCCUACACCGUGGAAAUUCUUCCUUACAACAUUCGUGCAAAGGGUUUCAACGUUUUCAACUUUGUCAUCUCCGUUACGCUCAUUUUCAACCAAUAUGUGAACCCAAUCGCACUGGACGCCUUGUCGUGGAAGUACUACGUAUGUUUGUGGACACUACUUUGCUCUGAAUUUUUUUCUCAACGGUCAUGUUUAGCUCGUAUACGUUUGCUGGCUCGCUGUCGAAUUCAUUUUUCUGUGGUUCUUCCUCGUUGAGACUAAGAACAGGACUCUUGAAGAAACUGCAGCCCUCUUUGAUGGUGACGAUGUACUGGAACAGAUCGCCAACAAGGCAGAGGGUGCACAGGAAGUGUACGAUGACGGCUCAUUGGAGAAAAAAUCUUUCGGCGCGGACAACGAAGUGUCUAGAGCUUAAUUUCUCUGAGCAUCCCACUGAGUAUUUUGGAUGAUGCUGUCCCAAUACUCAAGAGGGUAUUUAAUUCAUUAUGUAUGGCCACAGGCAGAACGCGACACUGCGCUACCUUCUACAUAUGUACGAUAAAUAUAACGAAGGGCAUUUUUGACUCACUU